GGGAGAGUAUGAUAUAUUAACUUCCUUUUUCUCCUUCACUACUAUGUCUCUCCUGUUCUACGAAAAAAAAAAAACCUCCAACAACUUUCUCUCUCUAGGGUUUCAAAAGGGAAACUGUCACUGAAACUCACCAUCUUAAGGCCUCGUACAGCUUUGAGCAAGGUUUGUUUUUUGUGUGUGUUUAUCGGAUUAACGACAGGUAACGGAAAAGAGAGGAAAAAGAAAAUCAGCUUAUUUUUUUGGCGGCUUUCAACGGCGUAGUGGAUCGUCAUUUUACUUUAGUUUCGUCGUGGAUUUCAUGUUUUUGAUGCGGAAUGAUUGUUGGUAUGGACCUAAAUGCUUCCCCAUUACCUGAAGAUGAUGAAGAUCCAUAUGAAACACAUAUAGAACACUACUCUGCUCCAGAAGAGCAUGUAGAAUCUGCAGUUGAAAUUUCACGGCGGGAACGCGAAGAGAGACGGAAGAGAUUGAGAAGUGACCGACCAGAUGACCGGCCAGUACAUAUCUCUCAGCCUGUUAUAUAUGAUCACUUCUAUCAAAAUAGGAACUCAACAUUUUAUGAUAAAAGCAGGAUCCCUCCUGGUUGGUUGGAUUGUCCUGCGGUUGGUAAGGAAAUAGGCUGCAUCAUUCCUUCGAAGGUUCCACUUGGUGAAUCUUAUAAUGACUGUGUUCCUCCUGGUAAAAGAUACUCUUUUAAACAAGCGGUUCAUAAGCAAGAAGUUUCAGGAAGAAAGCUUGGUUUGGUGAUUGAUUUGACGAACACUUCUCGUUACUAUCAAACUACAGACCUGAAGAAAAAAGGCAUUAAGCAUGUAAAGAUACAAUGUAGGGGAAGGGAUGCUGUACCUGAGAAUGCGUCUGUAAAUACCUUUGUUUAUGAGGUGUCACAAUUUCUCCUACGUCAGAAAUCAAAUAAAUAUAUUCUUGUCCAUUGUACUCAUGGUCAUAACCGCACUGGCUACAUGAUUAUUCACUAUCUCAUGCGAACACAGCCAAUGUCUGUUACUCAGGCAAUAAAAUUUUUUUCUGAGGCACGCCCACCAGGAAUAUAUAAACCAGACUAUAUUGAUGCCCUGUAUGCAUUUUAUCAUGAAAGAAGACCAGAAUCUCUUGUCUGCCCUCCAACUCCUGAGUGGAAAAGAUCUUCUGAUCUUGAUCUCAACGGUGAAGCAGCUGUAGAUGAUGAUGAUGAUGAUGAUGAUGAUGGAGCUCCAACUGCAUUACCUGAGAAUCAUGAAACUGAUGUAAUGUUGACAAAUGAUGACGUUUUGGGUGAUGAAAUACCUCAUGACCAGCAGGUACAAAUGAGGCAAUUCUGCUAUCAACAAUUGAAGUUAAAUACUGGGGUUAGAGGGCAUGCACAGUUCCCGGGAUCACAUCCAGUUUCGCUGAACAGGGACAAUUUACAACUUUUAAGGCAACGCUAUUAUUAUGCCACUUGGAAAGCAGAUGGAACACGAUAUAUGAUGUUAAUAACUAUCGAUGGAUGUUACUUAAUUGAUAGAAGUUUCAAUAUCCGAAGGGUUCAGAUGAGGUUUCCAUGCAGGCACAAUAAAGGUGUAGGUGGCAUGAGUCAUCAUUUGACAUUGCUUGAUGGGGAAAUGAUAAUUGACACCCUGCCAGACUCACGGAAGCAAGAGAGAAGAUAUCUCAUCUAUGAUAUGAUGGUUCUUAACAAUGAACCUAUUAUAGAGCGGCCGUUCUAUGAACGAUGGAAAAUGCUGGAAAAAGAAGUGAUUGAGCCUCGAAAUUAUGAACGCCACAACAUUUACCAGGGCAGGAAUCCUUAUUACCGAUUUGACCUUGAACCCUUCAGGGUGCGGAGGAAGGACUUUUGGUUGCUUUCUACUGUAAAUAAGGUUUUGAAAGAGUUUAUCCCCAAGCUCUCUCACGAGGCAGAUGGUCUUAUUUUUCAGGGUUGGGAUGAUCCUUAUGUACCUCGCACUCAUGAAGGUCUUUUGAAGUGGAAAUAUGCUCAGUUGAACUCUGUUGACUUUCUAUUUGAGAUUGGAAGCGAUGAUCGUGAACAACUUUUUCUCCAUGAACGGGGAAGAAAGAAGUUGAUGGAAGGGAAUACUGUUGAAUUCAGAGAGGUUUCAGAUCAUCCUCCAUCGUUCUCUGGGAAGAUUAUCGAGUGUUCUUGGGAUCCUGAUCGACAAGGGUGGGUCUAUAUGAGGAUCAGGACAGAUAAGUCAACUCCCAAUGAUAUUAAUACUUACAGGAAGGUUAUGCAAAGUAUAAACGAUAAUAUCACAGAAGAAAUCUUAUUAAACGAGAUUAACGAGAUCAUUCGCUUGCCCAUGUAUGCUGAUAGAAUAAGGAUGGACAGCAAGGCCCACCUGCAUACAAAUUCAGCACGACGGAGGUGACGGAUAUAGCAAACUGGUUGUUAUGCAGCCGAUCAAGGUACUGAAUGGUUCGAUGUGCUUUUCUUUAGCCUGUGUUUUUAAAUGCUUCUAGGUGUAUUUUGGUAGGAAUUAGGCGCAUAAUUGAGUUGUUUGUAUCAUAUCAUGUAUGUAAUUAGCUAUCCCCUUCUUUAGUCAGUCUUUAUAGUGUUGUGCCAUGCUGUUGAGUUGCAUGAUCCAGGUGGUGCAUUAGUUGAAUAGUUAACUAUUUUUCUUAUAGUUGUUUAGAUUAGAGGAUUAGCAUUAGCAUUAGCAUUAGGAUUAGGAUAAUCAUGUAUGUAUAUUAGUGAUAAUAUUUAAAUUAAUCAAUAUUUUUUCCCUUUAUCUAGA